GGUGCAGCUCGCGGUAGGAGAGAGGCGUGGAGUGAAAGGGAAGCAAUGCAGAAAUCAGAGUGCCCUGGAGGUGUACAGCUGAAAAACAAAGUAACAGGUAACUGUAAUCAAAGAACUUCAUCAAAUACACAAAUAAAUCACAGGAGUGCAGUUCAGCGAAGCAAAUCCUCAUCAUCAACCCGUUCUCCAGAGUCUGUCAGAAAGCUUCAUCCUCGACCAAGUGAUAAACUUAACCCUAAAACAAUUAAUCCUUUUGGUGAACAGUCACGAGCCCCUACUGCAUUUGCAGCUAUUUACUCUAAAGGAGGUAUUCCUUGCAGGUUGGUGCAUGGCUCAGUAAAACAUAGAUUACAGUGGGAAUGUCCUCCUGAAAACCUUGCAUUUGAUCCUCUUCUUAUUACUUUAGCUGAGGGUCUGAGAGAGACUAAACAUCCAUAUACCUUUGUGUCCAAGGAGGGUUUUAAAGAAUUACUUUUGGUCAAAGGUGCAUCUGAGAAAGCCAUGCCUUUGUUGCCUAGACUGAUUCCGGUGCUAAAGGCGGCUCUGGUCCAUUCAGAUGAUGAAGUAUUUGAAAGAGGAUUGACUGCUCUGGUACAGUUAAGUGUCAUUGUUGGGCCUUCUCUAAAUGACCAUCUGAAACAUCUGCUUACAAGUCUUUCCAAGAGACUGAUGGACAAGAAGUUUAAAGAGCCAAUCACCAGUGCAUUACAAAAGCUAGAACAGCAUGGUGGAAGUGGAAGUCUUACGAUCAUCAAAUCUAAAAUCCCAACAUACUGCUCCAUAUGCUGUUAAAUAAGGAGCCAACAAGUCAUCUUACUCUCUGGUGACAGGUAUCCAUCACUGACAUUUGAGUACCCAUGAACUUUGUUCAGUUUAUUUUGUAAAUCACAGCUACCAUUUGUUGUUUACUAAUAGUAAGAUGGGAAUCUGCAAUCCCACUGAAUCAAAGUAAAAGGUACUCAUACCAAGUUAAUGGAAAACUGAAAUUUCUAAUCAUUUGGGUAAGAAACUGUAAUCACAUGGAUUGGUAUAUAUUUUCUAGUGCCUUUUUAUUUGUAUUAAACAGUUUGUAGCUGUGUACUUAUUUUUAUAUAGACUUUACAUUUCUUGGAUCUUUACCAAGUGAAAAUAGGGACAAAUGCCUGUGAAUUCACAAUUACUUGUAAAUAUUUUAUAAUAGAAUGUUUGGAAAAUUUUAUUAAAAAAAUUUAAGUGUAAAAAAAAAAA